AUAUGACGCCCCGUCAAACUCGAAUUAGCUAUACCGGAGUACCGGACUACUCCUUUGCUGUGAAUUAGUUCUCGGAUCCUCCUGUCUCUCUGCUAUUGUUAUGAAUUGCCAUGAUUUGUGUGAUUAAAUUAAGCAAUGCAACACACAAAGGCCUAAUGAAUGUUGUUGAUAAAGUUCGUUUUGUCAUUUCGUAGCCUGAGUAAGCAUAAAUAGCGUCUAAAUCUCGCGAUUAUUUUAAGUCUACUUUUGAGUGCGUGUGCGAGUGAGUGUGUGCGCGAGCAUACGCGCAUCUUUUGUGAUGACGUCUUUAAAAAAGCGUUCCCCCUCGAAAACAAUCCCCACUAUACACACACGCACACACACAAACACACACCCACAAAACACUGGUCCCGAGAUUAUGAAACUCAGGAAGUAAAAAAAAGGGGAAGUAAAAGGAAUCGCACUCCUGAGCGUUUUAUGUCUAUUAUGCUGCCCUUUGUUAACGGUUUCUCCUUCUAUGGCAUUGCCUCCUGAAACGAAGAAGACACGAAACAACGAAGCCGGUGAUCGCAGUGGGCUUUAUUUCAUGGGGAUGUGUUCAAGGCAGGAGAGAAUACAAAAAGACGUCGACAUCGUUCUGCAGAGGUGCAAGGCAGAGAGAGACUGCCCUUUCUCCGAUUUUAGAUACACUGACUGCACAUUCACAUUCAUCUAUGCGAAAGGAUCUACAAGGGUGACGUAUGCUGUGCAUGUUUCAGAUGAUUAUCCAGACAACACAUACGUAUCAAACUCUGAUAACAACGAUGAUGUUUUAAUCACAACAGAUGCUAUUCCUGUCAUUUUUCAUAGAAUUGCAUCAGAGAUUAGGCCCAAUAUCGACCCUUCUAACAGUCUUUUUGUGAAGUCUAAACUUCCGCCUGAAAAAAACCAGUAUCAUUAUGCCAUAGAAGAAGACUCAGAGGGUGACAACGACUCUGAGGAGUUUUACUAUGGAGGUCAGGUGAACUAUGAUGGUGAACUCCACAAGCAUCCACAGCUUGAGGCAGACCUGCAGGCAGUGAAGGAACUAUAUGGAACCCAUGCAGUGUCUCUCAGGGAAUAUGGUGCCAUUGAUGAUGUGGACAUUGAUCUUUACAUCGAUGUUAGCUUCCUAGACGAAGAGAUUGCACUGGCAUGGGAUGUAGUCAGGAGGGAACCAGUUAUAGUGCGACUCCACUGUUCACUGACACAGUACCUAAAUGGAACCGUCCCAACAGUUGAUGUCUUCCAGGUAUCAACAAAGGAUAGAUUUGGACUGGGACAUCAGCUUAAAAAGAUCAUGCAAACAUUUGUCACCCAGCAGUGGAAGAACCAGACUAAAGAGAAGCUCAACUGCCCACACAGUAAAAAGCUUAAUGACAAGAAGGUCAAGUCUCCACUUCACAUCUUCUCAACUCUUCGCCGAUCUCCCAGCUACCCCCCGCCGGGGUGCAUAAAGAGCAAAAAGAAGCUGAAGCCCGAGCAGGAUGGCGUGUCCAAGUCCCACCGGCUCCUCCGCAGGAGCUGCUCCGGCGCCGUCAAGCAGCAGGCGGAGGUGGACGGCCUCAGCCCCGGACCCGGCAAGUCGGCACACAAGCUCCUGGGCCACCCGCUCCCCGGCAGCCUGCACAUGGAGCCCGCUCACUCCGGGCCCCUGAAGUCUCACCGCCUUCUGGGGCGUGGUCCCUGUCCCGCAGCCAUCAAGCCUGAGGACUGCCCGGCGGGGCUGCGGCUGGCCCCCGGCAAGCUGUUCCCCCGUUCGUGCUCCGGCGACACCCACUGCGACGCGCCGGGCGGAGGGGUGAGCGUGGGCGGGAUCAGCGGGGGCAUCAGCACGGGGCUGGGGUCAGGGGGGGGCGGGCUGAAGGCACAAAGACUGCUGAGUCGCUCCUGCUCGGGCUCCAUGAAGACGGAGGAGCUGGACGGGCUGAAGCACCACCACCGCCUGCUCAGCCGCUCAUACUCCAGCAGCACCAAGAUGGGGCGAGCGGACAUAUUCAAGGACUCGGUGCCAGAAGUUAGGCGGCUUUCUCUUACCUCAGGGCUCAUCGGUAUCUUGGCCCCCUCACUCGCCAUGCCACCAGCGCCAAACAAUGGUGCCAAAUUGGUACCCAUCGGAGACAAAGGCUUUCUGGUACAGAUAAUGGAGUAUGCGGAGCAAAGGAUUCCAGUGUUAAAUGAGUUCUGUGUGGUCUGUGAUGAACCUCAUGUGUUUGAGAACGGGCCAAUGCUCAGGCCGACGGUGUGUGAGCGGGAGCUGUGUGUGUUUGCUUUCCAAACCCUGGGCGUGAUGAACGAAGCUGCAGAUGAGAUAGCUACCGGUGCGCAGGUGGUUGAUCUAUUAGUCUCCAUGUGUCGCUCAGCGCUAGAGUCUCCCAGGAAGGUUGUUAUUUUCGAGCCAUAUCCCUCUGUUGUGGACCCCAAUGAUCCUCAGACCCUAGCCUUCAAUCCAAGGAAGAAGGAUUAUGACCGGGUGAUGCGAGCCCUUGACAGCCUUACAUCCAUCCGAGAGAUGACCCAGACUAAGAAUUACAGCUGGCCUAGUUUGACUAACAAGGCGCCUUACUUAGAAAUAAAGAAGCAGAUGGACAAGCACGACCCACUGGCACAUCCUCUCCUUCAGUGGGUAAUAUCCAGUAACAGGUCACACAUUGUUAAACUUCCAGUUCCCAGACAACUCAAGUUCAUGCACACGCCGCACCAGUUUCUCUUGCUCAGCAGCCCGCCUGCCAAAGAGUCCAACUUUAGAGCAGCCAAGAAUCUCUUUGGGAGCACGUUUGCUUUCCAUGGCUCCCACAUAGAGAACUGGCACUCUAUUCUGAGGAAUGGACUGGUUGUGGCCUCCAACACCAGACUUCAGCUACAUGGUGCCAUCUAUGGGAAUGGAAUAUAUCUCAGUCCUUUAUCAAGCAUAUCCUUUGGUUACUCAGGGAUGAACAAAAGACAACAAAAAGUUAUUUCAAAGGAUGAAAUGGCAGCAAGCAGCAAGACCAACAUCCAUUUGCAGUCACAAAAGAAAGGACAGCAGCCUCAGUUCUUGCAGAGUCGUAAUCUGAAGUGCAUAGCCUUAUGUGAAGUGAUUACUUCUCCUGAACUGCACAAGCAUGGGGACAUCUGGGUCGUUCCCAGCACCGACCAUGUUUGCACAAGGUUUUUCUUUGUCUAUGAAGAUGGACAAGUUGGAGACUCUAGCCUCAACACUCAAGACAAUUGCAUCCACCGCGAGAUCCUCCGUGUGAUUGGUAACCAGACCGCCACAGGAUGAUCCGGCACCCUGCAUCUUUGAGUCCGGACCUGGAGAUAUCCCUUGACCCCACAGUCAACUCCCAGUUGACUUUAAUACAUGUGAACGAGAAAGAAGGGUAUAGGUUAUACUUUUAAAUACAAGGCUUUCACAUUGGAACAUUUCACUUUUCAUUCACAACAGAGCAACUAUGUAGAAUGAAACUCUUUAGGUUUAUGUCACAAUCAACCUUUUUGGUGUUUGGAAGACAAUAACAAUUUCAAAUAAAAUAUUAUUUUGAGAGCUUUGCUUUUCAAAAUAAGUGCUGAAAAGGGUGGUUUGUGUUCAGAAAAUAUGCCACAGUCCAACCUUGUUUACAAAGAGUUGUACUCUUUAAAGUACAAUGUUCUUUAUGUAUAGAAGGUGCUUCGUGCACUGUAUUUUUCUGAUGUAAAAUUUGUUCAAACAAAUCAUGAUCUAGAAAAGAAAAUCCAUUUAAGGUGGCCUUUGUUGGCUGGAUUGGUCGUAAUGCAGAUUGGCUGCAAACAUUCCUGUCAAACAUUUUACAGUCCAUCUAUCAUGUCAACACCUGAAAUGUAGAAUCAAAGUCAAUAAAAGGCAGCAGCCUAUUGUACUGCAUUUUAAACAUUUAUUUUGGCUGGCUUCAAGUCCCUUGUUAAACAAACAAGCAUUCUGAAAGGGAUCCUUUCACCCUCGAUAAUGUUUUUGUUCUAUUAUAUAAAAAAAAAACAAUUGGUGUUUUCUGCUAGUGGUUUUAUAUAUUGUUGUGCUUAAAGACAAGUCAGAAAACUGCGUAUGCCACUUAUGCUCAUUGUGUUUUAUCUGUCUACCUAUAUACAUUUUUGGGCAGUCACAAAUUUUGACGAAGAAAACCAAAAGCAAGGUCAUACUAUUCCAGAAAAUAGUGAAUCAUAACCUUAUACACUGUUGAAUAUUUAUAUGAUCCUUAUAUAAUCUUCACAUUACAUUUGGAACAGGUAAACAAUUUAAGUGGCUACAUUUCCCCAGUAUAAUUUAUUUAUUUUAAAACAUACCACACACCCCCCAACUAGACGCCACAGUCAAAAAUCAGUCUUGGCACCUGUUGCCAUUCUUUAUGAGCAAUAUAGUAAACCUUUUCUUUUAAAAAAUUAAUAAAAAAGUAACUCAUAUAUAUAUAUAAUGUAAAAAAAGAUAUGAAGUUUGAAGAUCACUCACGAUGGAAUCAAAUGUCAUCCGUCACAUUCAGUUCACACAGUUUUCAGAGCAUGUUAAAGAAUGCAAAACACCUAUCAUGUCAAGAAACGAAUCACAAAUAGAAUUGUAACAUCUUUAUUUCAAUACGGUGAAUGAAAAAAUUAUUUCCAAUUAAUACAUAAAGCAUUCACCAUUUACACUAUCAAAAAAUUUAACCCCUUGAAAUAGCAAAAAACAAACUAAGCAGUCCUUAAUGUACAGGCUUUUUUUGCAUUCCUUUUAUGAUUGUUGCUAGCAUUCUACAUUGUCAAGCAGUACCUUUUACUUUUUAUUGUGCACAAGUAUAUACAAUUAUGCUGUGUUAGCAUUUGGUGCCUUACAAAUAUGGAGUAAUGGUAAAAGGAAGAAAAUACACAUUGUAUAUAAUGUAAAUAUUGCCGAAGCAACAAGGCAAUUUUACAAUUAAGUUUUUAUGAAGUUUCCCUUGUUUUGCAAAUUAAUUUAUUUUGGCAUUUUACAAUUACAGUUAUGAAAAUAGUAGCUUAUGUACUUGUUUAUGUUCAUUAAAUUUUAACUUGCAUAAAGCUUUGUUCUGUAAGUUGCUGGCCGUCUGUUAGACUCAUUAUUCAACUCCUUUCAGUUUCAGUUCCUCUUGAACACGCUUGAGAUAAUCAGGAUCUGGGUAACCAUAGCUGCAAAACAAAAAGUGUUAGAUUACUUACCGUUUAUUAACAUAUUGUUACAUGAGUUUAUUAACAAAAUUCAGUUUAUCAACAUUGCUAUGUCUGUUUAUUAACAUAUUAUCUCAGUUAAUUGACAUAUUGUUAUGUCAGUUUAUUAACAUUGUUAUGUAGUUUAUUAUCAUAUCAUAUAUGCUUUUACAUUCUUUUAGUGCUUUCUCAUACAUGUGGUUCAUUGAUGAUGAUUUACUUUGCCGUCAAAGUUUCCCUAGAAUAAACACUUUUUCAUCACUUAGGUUAAAUGUAGGCCUAAUAAAAAUUUUGAAUUCCAUUCAUUUGAAUUAUAAGCAAUACAAAUGAUGGAAGUAUCAAAUUUGGCAUUUACAGAAUGAAGGAUAAAGUUGACAAUGACAAACCAUUGAGCGCUUUUCAAGAUGCCAGGGCCUGCUGUAUUUUGCUACUGACGCAGACGACUUUAAUACAUAAGACGAAAGCAUGUUCAAAGGUUUUUGAGAAUGUUUUGCAUAAUUACACAAAUAAAACGGAAUACAUUUUUUAUUGUUCUUGAGUUGGGUCAGCAUCUUUAAUCGGCAACAUGCUCACCAAGUGGGUCCUCCGCUGAUGGAGGUUUUGUGGUGAAUGUCGUUCCACGUCACCACGUUGUCUCUGCCGCUGGUGGAGGAUUGUCCCACAGUGAAAAUGAGCCUUAGCUUGAAAGCUCGUUGGAGUAACUCCUUAACUUUCUGUCCUUCGGGUGAGUCAGGCAGGUAAGCUACGCGCGACGCUCCUUCGUAGGUCUGUCCUGGGUUAGGGUGGUCCUCCUGCCGUUUAAUAAACCACAUUUACAUAUUUGUAUGAGUUAAAUUUACCUGAUGGUCACAUUAACAACAAGAUUCUGAAAUGUUACAAUUAUUAUGUAUUUUUAUUCAAAUAAUUUAAAGGGACUGUGU